GAGAGGCAGCGGAAGGAAAGUGUCGGGGGCGGGACGAGUCGGAUGGCGCUGGAUUGUGCCGAGGGCGGGGGAAGUCGCGUAGUGGGGGCGAGAGUAUUUUAAGCGGAGUGGGCGAGGUGGUAAUUGUGGAAAGGAAGGUCAGAGCUGUGGCUGGCUGUAGAGUGUGGAGUGUGGCAUAUCGCUCAGUGGAUUCGUCGCUGUUUUGUUUUGUUUUGGAGCAUGUGGCAGUAGUCGUCCGAGAAGGUCUCGAGGACGAGGACGAGGCGAGGACGAGGAGUGGGGAGGGGAGAGAGAGAGUGAGAGCGAGUGUGGUGUGGCGCCUGUGCUGCUGUGCGCGCGCUUGGUUCCAGCGAUCGGGCUCACUGGUGAAAAGUGUCGAGCAGGUGGCAUCCGAUUUGCCGCGGGUAUAGAACCCUCCUAGGAUUCACAUUGUUCAGGCAUCCGAACAUCAUUGCUCCAUCAGCAGGACACAAGAUUCAGCGCUUGCUUGCGCUAGGAGGAAAGUCAGGCCGCUGCUGCUUCUCUCCCCGUCUGCGAACGCUAGGGUUCACCUUCGCUGAGGCCAGCGACGAGCGUGGAGUGUUGCCGAUACACGAGCGAGAACGGCGGGUCCCAUUGGAAUUUGGCACGGACCGCAUCCAUCCGAAGAACAGCGGUGGGGCAGGGAAGUGGGGAACUGAACCACACAGGCGGAGCAACCUAAAAGUUCGCGAACAGCCCUCGAUUGCAGAGUUUUUAAGACCGAUGGCGAAUCAUGGAUUUACCAGUCACUCUCACUCACUCGAGAAGAUGGCGUCCAUAGAUGCACAGAUGCGCCUUCUUGCUCCCCGAAAAGUAUCCGAAGAUGAUAAGCUUAUUGAAUACGAUGCACUCCUUCUCGACAGAUUUCUCGAUAUUCUUCAGGAUCUUCACGGAGAAGACGUCAAAGAGACGGUUCAAAAAUGUUACGAGCUUGCUGGACAGUAUGGAAAGACUGACGGACAAGGUGACAUGGAGAAACUCGGCGAGCUGAAGGAUGUGCUUGACUCUCUUGACCCGGGUGAUUCUAUCGUUGUAGCUAGUUCUUUCUCUCACAUGCUCAAUCUGAGCAACCUUGCCGAGGAGGUUCAAAUCGCAUAUCGUCGACGAGCCAAGCAGAAAAGAGGUGACCUCGCCGACGAGAACAGCGCAUUGACUGAAUCCGACAUUGAAGAGACCUUCGACAGACUUGUUCACCAGCUUGGCAAGUCUCCCAUUGAGAUAUUUGAAGCCCUGAAAAACCAAACAGUCGACCUAGUCCUGACCGCCCACCCUACCCAGUCUGUCCGGCGCUCGUUGUUGCAGAAAUUUUCUCGUAUCCGAAACUGUCUUUCUCAGCUGUACCAGAAGGACAUCACAAACGAUGAAAAACAGGAGCUUGAUGAAGCACUUCAACGAGAGAUUCAAGCCGCCUUUAGAACAGAUGAAAUUCGUCGAACACCGCCGACACCCCAGGAUGAAAUGCGUGCCGGUAUGAGCUACUUCCAUGAAACAAUAUGGAAGGGCUUACCGAAAUUUUUACGUCGAGUGGACACUGCACUGAAGUCUAUCGGCGUCGACGAGCGCUUGCCGUAUAAUGUACCUCUCAUUCAGUUCUCCUCGUGGAUGGGAGGGGACAGAGAUGGGAAUCCCAGAGUCACUCCCGAGGUUACGAGGGAUGUGUGUCUGUUGGCCCGUCUUAUGGCAUCCAACUUGUACUUCGCUCAGAUGGAAGAUUUGAUGUUUGAGCUCUCCAUGUGGCGGUGUACCGACGAACUCCGUGCCAGAGCUGUACAGCUCGAGGCAUUCAACAAGAAAGAUGCCAAACAUUACAUUGAAUUUUGGAAGCAAAUUCCAGCCAGUGAGCCAUUCCGAGUCAUUUUAGGAGAAGUCCGUGACAGAUUGUACAACACCCGCGAGAGGAUGAGGCAGAUGCUUUCUUCUGGAAAGUCCGAUAUCACUGAGGAGGAAACGUUUACUUCUGCAGAUAUGAUUUUGGAACCGUUAGAGUUAUGCUACCGCUCUCUGUGCGAGACUGGAGACCAGAACAUCGCAGACGGCAGUCUUCUUGACUUCAUGAGACAAGUCUCGUGCUUCGGAUUAUCCCUUGUGAAAUUGGACAUCCGACAAGAGUCAGAGCGACACACAGAUGUCCUCGAUGCCAUCACAACCCACUUGGGCAUGGGUUCUUACAGGGAGUGGACCGAAGAAAAGAGGCAGGAUUGGCUCUUGGCAGAGCUCCGGGGCAGGCGCCCACUCUUUGGGUCAGACUUGCCAAUGACAGACGAAAUUCGUGAUGUGCUGGACACCUUCAAGGUUGUUGCCGAGUUGCCACAGGACUCCUUUGGAGCAUACGUCAUUUCGAUGGCCACUUCUCCUUCCGACGUGUUGGCUGUGGAACUUCUGCAACGUGAGUGCAAGGUGGCAAAGCCAUUGCGUGUAGUGCCUCUUUUCGAGAGGCUUGACGAUCUUGAGGCAGCUCCAGCUGCAAUGAGGCGUCUUUUCUCCAUCGACUGGUACCUCAACAGGAUCAAUGGCAAACAGGAGGUCAUGAUUGGAUACUCCGACUCCGGAAAGGAUGCAGGAAGACUGGCUGCGGCCUGGUCGAUGUUCAAAUGUCAAGAGGAUUUGGUAAAGGUCGCCAAGCAGUUUGGUAUCAAAUUGACCAUCUUCCAUGGACGUGGAGGUACCGUUGGCCGAGGAGGAGGUCCCACUCACUUGGCUAUCCUUUCCCAGCCCCCAGACACCAUCCAUGGAUCUCUCCGAGUUACAGUCCAAGGAGAAGUUAUUGAGCAGUCUUUUGGUGAAGAGCACUUGUGUUUCAGAACACUCCAGCGUUUCACUGCUGCCACCCUAGAACACGGCAUGCAUCCUCCAAUCUCCCCAAAGCCUGAAUGGCGUGAACUCAUGGACGAGAUUUCAAGAGUAUCGACAGAAGAGUACAGAUCCAUCGUAUUCAAGCACCCUCAAUUUGUACACUACUUCAGAAACGCUACCCCAGAAACCGAGUAUGGUCGCAUGAACAUUGGAAGUCGCCCAGCGAAGAGGAAACCCAGCGGGGGUAUUGAGAGUCUUCGAGCUAUUCCCUGGAUUUUUGCUUGGACUCAGACCCGGUUCCAUCUUCCCGUGUGGCUAGGAUUUGGUGGAGCAUUCAAGGCUGCCUUCCAGAAGAGCAACCAGAACGUUGUGUUGCUUAGACAGAUGUACAAUGAAUGGCCCUUUUUCCGAGUCACCAUUGAUCUGAUCGAGAUGGUGUUCGCAAAGGGCGACCCCCGCAUUGCUGCCCUUUACGAUGAACUCCUUGUUUCCGACGAGUUGAAGCCUUUGGGAGAGAAGCUGAGAGUUAUGUACGCGGAAACGCGAGAGCUUCUUCUGAAGGUUGCCGGUCACGAAGAUGUUCUUCAGGGUAACCCAACUCUGAAACAGCGUCUCCGACUCAGAGAACCGUACAUCACACCCCUCAAUGUCCAACAAGCUUUCACUCUGAAGAAAAUCCGUGACCAGAGCUUCCAUGUUCGUGAUCCUGAAACCCCUAAAGGAGAAAACUCAGGAAAGCAGUCUUCCGAGUUGGUGGGACUCAACACGACCACCGAGUACCCUCCUGGUCUCGAGGACACUCUCAUCCUGACCAUGAAGGGAAUUGCCGCUGGAAUGCAGAACACCGGUUAGAGAGCUUGAACCCGUUCUUUGUGUUCACAAUUUCACUGAGCUCCAUUGUCUUCAAAUGAGGAUAUCGGGAGCCAAGUUGAUGAGGAAGGAUAGACUCAAGCCUGGUGGUUUUGUUACAGUGCAAGUAACCAGGUGCCCGGGGUAACAUUCUUAGUGGAUGUCGAAAAUUCUCCAUGCCGAUGCCAAACGGUGGAGGAAGCUUGGGCUGCAAGAAAUGCCCCACAAGUAAAUAAAUUGCAAGCAGACAUGGAGAUGGGCGAUCAGCGUCAUCAUGAGCGGUGGAGUCAUGUGGAUGCCUAAACAGCGGCACAACCAGCACCUGCACAACCGUGCUCCAUGGGUGCUCCUCCCAUAUUUAUUGUUCAUAUUCAACUGUGCUUCGCGAAACUUGAAUGUUGAGUCCUGCCUGGCUGCUGUAUAAGUCAGUGGAAGGCAAGCGUUGAGUAUUUCCAUCGCCUCCAGUCCCCAUCACUGCCGAGCAUCAUCGUUCCAAAACUUCGAACGAUGCAAUAUGUACUACUAUCAUGCAAUAAAACCAGUUUGUAUUUGACCUCC